AUGAUAGAAGCCUACCGGGUGUACACCCCAUUAGACCCACAGGCCCCUGAGAACAGGCGGCUUCUGAACAUUGCCUUUGUGACCCAGGCAGCUCCUGAUAUUAGAAAGAAAUUACAAAAGAUUGAAGGAUUUGAAGGAGAGAAUAUUAGCAAGCUCGUAGAAAUUGCUCAGAAAGUGGGCAAAUUCAGAAGGCAACCACAAAAAAUUAUAGGGGCAACGGGUAAGGGUGAGGCAUACCCCUGGACGGCGGCCAGAAUCACCGAUCUGGGGCAAGGGACCAUCACUCACUCCUUCCUAGUCAUUCCAGAAUGUCCGUUCCCGUUGCUCGGGAGGGAUUUGCUGCAGAAGCUCCACGCCACUAUAAGCUUCGAGCCAGAAGGAACAUCGGAGGAGACCCGCAUGAAGGUGACGGUUCCCCUAUCCGAAGAAUAUCUGCUGGCGGUGCUUCCGGUGCGGACGCAGGUACCAGGGGUAUGGGCAGAGACAAACCCGCCCGGGUUGGCUGCUCACCAACCGCCGGUACUGGUUCAGCUGACCAGUGCGGCCCAGCCGGUCCGAAUUAGACAGUAUCCCGUCCCAGCAAAGGCCAGACAGGGGAUUGCGGGGCACCUGCGACGGCUACUAGAAGCAGGUAUAUUGAGAAAGUGCCAGUCGGCAUGGAACACCCCCCUUCUCCCUGUCCAAAAGCCUGGGACCCAAGACUACCGACCGGUCCAGGACCUACGGGAAGUAAACACCCGGGUUGAAACAAUACACCCCACUGUGCCAAACCCAUAUACCCUCCUGAGCUCGUUGCCCCCAACACAUACCCACUAUUCUGUUUUGGACUUGAAAGAUGCCUUCUUCUGCAUACCCUUAGCCCCCCAGAGUCAGGAAAUAUUUGCUUUCGAAUGGAAUGACCCCGACAAUGGACUAAUAGGACAGUUUACCUGGACCCAGUUGCCCCAAGGGUUCAAGAAUUCACCAACCAUUUUCAAUGAGGCCCUGGGUAAAGAUCUCCAAGAGUUUCGGAGGACCCACCCGGCGAUAGUCCUCCUCCAGUACGUGGAUGACAUCCUGGUGGCGGCUCAGACACAAGAGGAGUGUGAGACCGCCACACUGGACCUGCUCCAGGACCUCAAGAGGAUGGGCUACCGGGUGUCAGCCAAGAAGGCCCAAAUUGCAACCCAAACCGUGAGUUACCUGGGAUAUGACUUGAGAAAGGGACUGAGGGCCUUGUCAGACCAACGGAUCCAGACGGUCCUGCAGAUCCCGGAACCAACCACCAAAAGGCAAGUACGAGAAUUCCUGGGGGCUGUAGGCUAUUGCAGGUUGUGGAUAUUGGGUUUUGCAAACAUAGCAAGACCCCUGCAUGACCUAACCAGAGGUAGGGAGGACUCCUUUACAUGGACAGAGGAAGGAAGACAAGCCUUCCUGGCCUUGAAGGAGGCCUUAGUAUCAGCUCCAGCCCUAGCCCUGCCUGAUCUAACCAAGCCCUUCCAACUAUAUGUCGCUGAGAAGGAGGGUACAGCCCUAGGUGUACUGAGUCAGACUCUAGGCCCAUGGAAAAGGCCUGUAGCCUACUUGUCAAAGAAACUGGAUCCUGUGGCGUCAGGAUGGCCGGCCUGCUUAAGGGCUAUUGCAGCCACGCCCCUACUAGUUAAGGAAGCAGGCAAGUUGACCCUGGGGCAGGACAUCCAGGUCAUAGGAGAGCAUUACACCGAACAGGUCCUACGGUCCCCUCCAGACCGGUGGCUGUCUAAUGCGCGGCUGACACAGUAUCAGGCACAGCUGCUGAACCCUCCGGCGGUACAAUUCCUCAAGACUACUGCCCUGAAUCCCGCCACCCUGCUGCCAGUACCAGACUCCACUGUGGUCCACAGUUGUAAGCAAGUCCUCGACACAAUAACUGGCUCCCGCCCAGACUUUACAGUUUGCAAGAUCCUGGUGAGAGAGAUUAUACCCAGAGAUGGGAUACCUAUAGCCAUAGGAUCUGAUAAUGGUCCAGCAUUUAUAUCUAGAAUCUCACAAGAACUAGCAGAUAGAUUAGGUAUCAAUUGGAAACUCCAUUGUAUUUAUAGACCUCAGAGUUCAGGGCAAGUAGAAAGAAUAAAUAGAACGCUAAAAGAAACCUUGAUAAAGUUAAGAGAAGAGACCGGCGAAAAUUGGGUAGAGCUUAUCCCUUUCGCCCUCUUUCGGGUAAGAUGUACCCCCUAUAUUAAGGGUUGGGCACCUUUUGAAAUAUUAUAUGGACAGCCAGUGCCUUUGAUCCCUAAGCUGACCACAGAAGAGAUAGAAGUUACUAACUAUAACUUCCUCAAGUCCUUACAGGCACUGCAAGAGAUCCGGAGUGAAGUGUGUGCCUUCCAACAAGCCCAACGCCUGGAAUCAGAAGGAAAACAGAAAGAGAAGUCCGAACAGCCGGAGCCUGGACAGUGGGUAUGGAUCCUUAAUCAUCGGAGGGGAAACCUGGAACCUCGCUGGACAGGACCAUAUCAGGUACUGUUGAGCACACUCUCCGCUGUACGAGUAGCGGAGAAACCCUACUGGAUCCACCUGUCCCACAUUAAGGCAGCCCGACCGCCUGAAGAAGAAGAACCACGAACAUGGCGAGUCCGUCGGGACCCAGACAAACUUUUAAAACUCUCUUUAUCACGUAUUUGAGACUCCUGACUAUUUAUAGUGCCCUAAGCCAUAGCCUGUUGGAGCAGGUAUUUCCUUACUUUAACAGCACCCAGCCUAACAUAACUGAGUCUUGCUGGCUUUGCCUCAGCCCUCGACCCCCGUUCUAUGUAGGUUUAGGGGUCAAUAUCACCGGCGAACGGCCCAGAGCAGAACCCCUUCCCACGAGCGGCCCGGUAAGCAGCUUGCAACAGUGUGAGUUUGAAAGUACCCUUACAUUAGCUGAGUUCCAUGGGCAAGGCACUUGUUACUUGCUAGCGAACUAUACCCUGGCCUCGAACUACAGCGAUUAUUGCCUCAACCAGGUGUAUCUGCCGGCGGAUCCUAGCAAUUUAACUAUCACAGUAGCUCCAGAAGGAGUAUGGUUUGUCUGCACUCAAGGUAUCUUUAAGUGCCUAAUACCUAUUAACCCUGAGCUUUGUGUUAGUGCUUACAUCAUUCCCCAAGUAUACCUAUAUGGAGGAAACCCAGAUUUUCUGAUACAAGUCCCCUCCCGAGUCAAGCGAGUCCCAUUGUUGAUUCCCAUCGUGGCCACCAUCGGAGUCAUAGGGUCA